AUGGUGUACAUCCGGCAACAUGAAUUGGCGAAUCUGAAGAACUACAAAUAUGCCGGAGUCGACCACUCGCCUGUCAGUCGGUUUAUACUGAAGCCGUUCUACAACAAAUGCGUGAUUCCCUGUUUCCCCAUGGGGAUGGCACCCAAUGCCAUCACUCUCAGCGGAUUCAUGUUCGUGGUAAUUAAUUUCCUCACCGUUAUGUGGUACAACCCGAACUUGGAUACGGACUGCCCGCCCUGGGUCUAUGCCAGUUGUGCUAUUGGCUUGUUCCUGUACCAGACCUUCGAUGCUGUAGAUGGCAUGCAGGCACGGAGGACGAGACAGAGUGGCCCGCUGGGCGAGCUCUUUGAUCACAGUGUCGAUGCAUGCAACACCGGUCUUAGCGUCUUGGUCUUCGCAGCAGCAAUGAACAUGGGCCAGUCCUGGAUGACCUUCAUCGCUCUAUUCGGCUCAACGAUGACCUUCUACGUCCAAACAUGGGAUGAGUACUACACGCAAAUCCUCACAUUGGGCGUGAUAUCCGGACCUGUUGAGGGCAUCCUCACCCUGUGCGUCGUCUACAUAUUUACCGCCUAUAUGGGCGGCGGCAGCUUCUGGCAUCAGCCCAUGCUGGAGACCAUCGGCGUGCCGAAGCCUAGCUUCCUCUCAAGCCAGGUGUACAACAUGCCCUUCACGCAGUGGUAUCUUGUGUACGGCGCGAUCAUGCUCUGCUUCGCCAUCAGCUCGAGUAUCAUGCACGUCAUGAAGGUGCGUCGCGAGCGAGGCCAGGACCCCUUCUCGCCGCUGUACGGCCUCCUGCCCUUGGCGGUUAUCUGGACUCUCAUUCCCGCCUACCUAUACCUGCAGCCGGUGAUUUUGGAAAACUACACCAUCCCCUUCGGGCUGUUCGUGAGUCUCGUCAAUGCGUACUCUGUUGGCCGCAUUAUCAUCGGCCACCUGACUCAGACGAGUUUCCCGUAUCAAAACGUCCUGCUGUACCCGCUCGCUCUGGGUGUUUUGGACAGCGUAGGUGCGCUCAUCGGCUUGUGGUCCGCCCCUGUGCUUGGGUACGGUGUUGGGCAGGUAGGAUUCGUAUUCGGGUUAUUGGGACUGGCUGUCGGUGUGUACGGAAGCUUCGUGUUUGAUAUCAUCACCACGAUAUGCGACUACAUCGAUAUCUGGUGCCUCACGAUCAAGUACCCAUUUGUCGAGGAGACCGAGCGCAAGACCGGAGUUUCGAAGAAGACCAUAUAA